AUGGCGCGUACCAAUCUGCCCGUCGUCUUCCUCGCUAUCCUCACUUUCCUCCUCAUAUUCUCUAUUCAAGUACAAGCACAAAUACAAACACCAGCACAAACAUCAGAGCAAUCACCAGUCCACAACAGCACCAGCACACGCAGACCAACAAACACAAGAACAAGCGUCACAUUGACGGAUUCAGGUGGUUUUGCUACGGGCACAAGUACUAUUAAUGCGGGGGAAAAUAUUAAUGUAGGUGUUGCGCCGCGUGUUGUGAUGGGAGGGUUUGCGGUGGUUUCGGGGUGGGUUUUGGUUGGUUAG